AUGCGUCGAUAUCAUUACUUACAUCGUUCUAAAUUAACAUCUGCUAUAAGCUCAUCAGAAUUAAGUUUUCGAGAUAUGGCUUGGGCAUUACAUAGUGAAUCUCAGGAUUUAUUGAUUGAAUAUAGUACAAUGGCUUCUGGUGGUAAAUUCUUUUGGAAAGAUGCCAGAGUUCAUGGAAUUUUUUUAUGGAUUCGUAAUAUUGAUACAAUUCGUCAACAAAUGGAAAUAAUAGCACGUAAUCAUUAUAUGGCAAAAGAAGAAAGAGACCCUACAGAUUGUUCAUUAUUUUAUAUGGCUUUAAAAAAAAAAAAAUUAUUAUUGGGAUUAUGGAGAACUGCCAAUCAUCAUAAGGAACAAGCUGUGAUGUUGAAAUUUCUUGCAAAUAAUUUUGAUGAAUCAAAAUGGAAAACUGCUGCUUUAAAAAACGCUUAUGUUCUUUUAGGCAAACAAAGAUAUGAAUAUGCUGCGGCUUUCUUUCUUCUUGGUGAUAAGUUAAAAGAUGCUGUAAAUGUUUGUUUGAAAUAUUUAGAUGAUUUUCAUUUAGCUAUUGCUAUUUGUCGUGUUUAUGAAGGUGAUAGUGGACCUGUACUCACAAGUAUUUUUAAGGAACAUAUUAUUCCAUUUGCUGUUAAAACUGGUGAUAGAUGGUUGGCUAAAACUUUAUGUGACGCAGAUCAAACAGUGCCAGAAUCGCAAAUUUCUACAUCAAAUUCACCUGAUGCAGCGCUUAUAGUUCUAUACAAACAAUUAAAAGAAAAAUCUGUACAGACACUUAGAGGAGCAGCAGAAAUCUCGGCAGAAACCGAGUUUUUCUUUGUGUUAAGAACUAUUUUUGCCUAUGAUAGGAUCGGGUGUCCAUUAUUAGCACUUCAUCUUGUUAAGUCAUGGACUUUCCCACCAGAAGAAGUAUCACUUUCAAAAAAUCCAAAUCAUAUCUUGAAAUCUAGACGUAGAACCACCAUUCUCGAUAUACCAUUACCAAACGAUGAUCCUAUUUCAAGCGGUGUAGUAAGUAUUGAUACUUGGAGUUGGGAUCCACCAAUCACACCUACUUCUCCUGAAGCCAGUAAAUCGAUUACAGAUAAAGCUAUUGAUGCAUUUUCAGAUGAGCCGCAGCAUAUACGACAUCAAAGAGUUGGCUCAUUCUCAAGAAAAACAUCAUUAGAUUUUAAUAACAAUUCAUUAAAUAAUGAAGAUGACGAUAAUAAUAUUUGGAGUUGGAAUAGCCCUAAAUCAUUUCAAAAUUAUGUUAAAAGAUUGGCUCAGCAACUUUUAAAUGCCGUGGAAAUAAUUUCAAAGGAUCCAGAACUUUUUAAUAAUAGUUCUUAUUAUAGUGAUUAUAUUAAUAAACUUGAACAAGGACUAAGUUCAAUUUGUAAAUCUGUAAAAAUAAUCUAUAUCAUCAUUAACCUUAAAUCUCUAUUCCUUUCUUUUACAAGAUGUCUUGAAACAGAUGCUUAUGAUUUAUUAGAACAUUUUAAAUCGUAUAAAGAGGAUAAUAAAUCUAAAAAGAGUUCAAGUGCUUACUCAUAA